AUGGGACCGUCGGGUGCCGGCAAGUCCUCACUUAUGAACGCCCUCACCGGUUUCUCGGUACAAGGCAUUACGGGCACUAUACGCGCGGGAAACAGUGUGUGCGUUCUGGAGGAGAAGGACAAGAACACCGACUCCUUGAAGGCCUACAGGAAAAAGUCCUGUUACAUCCUCCAGGACGAUAGACUGAACCCUCUUUUCACCGUCGCCGAACUCAUGAAGUUUGCCGCCGAUAUGAAACUGGGCUACACUUUGACAGAGAAAAUGAAGAACACAGUGGUGGUGGAAAUACUGGAUACUCUUGGGCUAUCGGGUACGGAGGAUACCCGAUGCUGCAAUUUAUCUGGUGGGCAAAGGAAGAGGUUGUCCAUCGCUGUGGAGCUAAUCGACAAUCCGCCAGUGCUGUUUCUUGAUGAACCUACAACAGGACUAGACAGCUUGACAUCAAAACAAUGUGUGGAACUCCUCAAGAACUUGGCACGAGAUGGAAGGACUGUCGUGUGCACUAUACAUCAACCGGCCGCUUCAUUGUACAUGUUGUUUGAUCAGGUUUAUGUUUUGGCUGAAGGGAUGUGUAUUUACGAUGGGUCGAGUCAAGACACUGUUUCUUACUUAGCGGCGAUGGGGCUGCAGUGCCCAAAAUAUCACAACCCGGCUGAUUACAUGCUGGAGAUAGCGAACGGCGAGUAUGGAAACUUCAACGAGCUUCUAGCCGCUCAAUGCUGUCAUGGCGACAAGAAGGAGAGUCGGCCGUUUCCAGAAGUCAGCACGGAGGAACCAAAGUUCCCAUGCGGGAAGACUACCACCAUUAUACGGCCCCCGCAUGAGACAUAUAAAUUCAGCGUGCUAUUCAAGCGAUGUCUCAUUCAACAGUAUCGCGACUGGACGGUGACCCAUCUGAAGGUGUUGCUGCACAUCGUGAUAGGGGUGCUUAUCGGUUUGAUGUUCGAGCAAGCCGGCAAUAACGCCUCCAAAACAAUCAGCAACCUUAGCUACCUGGUCGUUUCCGUUGCCUACCUCUGCUAUACUUCUCUCAUGCCCGCCGUUCUCAAAUUUCCACUGGAGCUCGCUGUGUUGAAAAAGGAGAACUUCAACAACUGGUACAACCUCAAGACCUACUACGCUGCAGUGCUCGUCACGAGCAUGCCUUUACAGAUCUGCUAUAGCUUCAUCUAUUCGGCACCGUCGUACUUCCUAUCUGGCCAGCCUCUAGAGCUAUGGCGCUUCGGAAUGUUCGUGCUGGUGUGCGCAAAUGUCACGUUACUGGCCGACGCUAUUGGCAACGUCAUUGGCACUUGCGUCAACCCCAUCAACGGCACGUUCAUAGGCGCUAUCACCACUUGCGCUAUGAUCGUGUUCGCCGGAUUCUUGGUGCUGUUCGCGCACAUGACCUCAGUGAUGCGGGCGAUUUCCUACGUUUCGUUCCUGAAAUACGCGUACGAGGGACUCGUGCUCUCCAUGUACUCGUACGGCAGAGCGCCUCUUAACUGCCCCGACGACGUCAUAUACUGCCAUAUGAGGUUUCCAAACAAGAUCAUAGAGGAAUUCAGUAUGAACCCUGAAAAUUAUUGGAUCGACAUCGCAGUAUUGUUGUCAGAAAUCAUUAUAGUUAGAGUAUUGGCAUACUUCACAUUGAGACGGACAGUCAAGAUAUCAUCAUAG